AUGGUUAUAUUCUUCUCAAUCAAAGUUCAUUUCCAAGGUGUGUUCAUCAACAAACAUUUUUGUUAUUCUGAUGGUGUUCAUCAUGUGUUCGAGAAUAUCGAUUUUGUUGAAUUUCCUGUUUACAUCGACCAUUUUGGUACUACUGUGCACAUAACUAAGGAAAAUGAAAACAAAGAUAAUUAUUCAGUGAAGUCAAACAUGUCAAGCGAAGGGGAAGAAGGUAUUGACCUAACUAACUUCAUUAGUCCACAACAAAGCAACAUGGAAGGACUAACCUAUGAAGGAGUAAGUCAGGCAAAUGGAAAUGAGGAUAGCACAGAAGGUUAUUCAAAAGAUGAUGAAGAUGAGAAUGUCCCAGAUCUGAAAGUAAAACAAUGUUUAAUGAAGACAUAUCUUGGAAGAAGUUGUUGCCAAUUCUAG